AUGGCUUCAACAACAGGCACUACUGCAUCGGGCGACCCGGAUAUGGCCCUCAUAGGUGAGCUCAUGGAAGAAAUGUCGCGACACCCGCCAGCUAUAGGAGCCAGAAAGCUUCUCGUUGAACACUACAUCUCAGUUGGAUGGUUGGAGGCCGCUAUGGAUAACACCAAAGAGUUGAAGAGCCUGGCCCCAGGAGACUUAGACGUCAAGGCAUUUCUGCAGAUGCUUGAGAAGAAAUCUGACGCUCCAGCGCCAGAGAAAAAGAGAAUAUCAAAGCCUGCACCCGACCAGCUUGAGUGGGAUCCCAAGGCUGGCCAAUACAAGAAAAAAACGGUACCAAAACUGCCGACGACGACGAAGAAGCACGAGACUCCGACAGUUGAGCUGGACGGCGAUCUGGACGCUGCACGACAAGACCUUACUACAGGAUAUAGGGCUUUACGUGCAAAGGCUACCUACAUUCUAGCUGACUUGCUAAAUCUGCAAGCGCUCCAAAAGAAGGCAGGAACUCCCCAAUCCAGUCGUACGGUCAAGAUUCAGGCCAUCGUAGAGGGGAAUGGAGGUCGCUCAACCGUCAAAACGGGCCUACCAGGCAGUGCUCGAUCAGUAGCGCGUACUGUCAAAGAUCAUUCCAAUGAGGCAACCAGUCUGAUCAUUACCGACUUAGAGGAUACCAUGAGAUGGGUCCGUACGCCCUACGGGAAGCCCUCUGGCGCAAGUGCUGAUACCGUUCGGGACGCCCUCGUAAAGCGCAAGCAGGCGAUAGAGUCCGCCUUACCAGACAAUCUAAAGAUACACGGCGAACUCGCACUCAUGCACAUUGAACACGAGAACCUUGAAAGAAACUACGUCAAUACUGAAACGAUGCUGGGCGACGAGGUCAAGGAUAUAACUAGAGCAAACUUCUAUGUUACAGAGGACAACUACGCAUGGGAUAUGGAGGAGCUAGUACAAGCCAUCACCGUCGGAAAAGGUGUGAUGAGGAAUCCUCUAAGCAAAGAAAUGUUCACGCCCAAGGACGUCAAGGGCAUAUGUACACAUCCCCUCGGCAAAGACCUUGCUGCCCUCGCAGUCGAACAACACGAGUUAUCCAAAGGUGUGCGUCCGAGAACUAUCGAAGAAAUGGAUAAACUCUGCAAAAUCCUUCUUGAAGACCAAACUAGCGAUACACUGCCAAGCCGAAAAGCAGUCGACGAGUUCCUCGCGUACAUAGCAACAUCAGUACCCGAUCGUGAACAACAAGCCGUUGAUGGCUUCAAGUGCCCUGCGAGGGAUAGCCACACCGGUCAGGCCUAUGACUUCAGCAUCGGAGAGGCUGUACGCGAUGCUAAGGGCAAUCGCGUCUGCUUCCACAAAACGGGUGACUUCAUCAAGCAGGCAGCUGCUUACCUACGCCAGAAUCGUGGGGUGGCGCCGUCAGAUGCGGAAAAAUGCGUAGCGAUGUGAUGUCUUGGUUCGGAAGUAUUGCAUGGAGCUACAGCUGGAUCUACGCUUAGGGAAGAGAUGUCGCGAAGGCGUAGCUGAAACUGCCUUGUCCGUAACUGCAGCUGUGCGUUUGGUAUCGCGGUCUUCCUUUGGAAGAGUUUCAUUGGGACACGUUCGUUAGUGUGGUAAGACAAGAUUCGGCUUGCAGCAGUCUGCCUGAACUCAUGGCAUGUUUUAGGUCAUGGCAACAUGAUUGGUACAUAACGGCAUCUUAGUCUCAGUCGGUACCAGUAAUAUGUAUGCUUCGUUUAUGUACACUGAAUGCUACCGCCACAAGGCACCACAAGGCAGUCUUCUACCCCACUGACUACCCCACCAACUGUCCCACCUUGUCCCACGUCUACAGGGCUU